UGCUGAUGGAUUUGUGACCCUUUUUCCGGUUCUUCUACUUUAUUUUUCUGCCUGCCCUGUAGAUCAGGUGUUUGAGAGAAUACUCCACCCCUGGUCGCCUUCUCCAGAGCUGGAAGAAGCUGGCAAGAUUCUGAAGAGGAUCAUCUCUCGAGACCUGUACAAGUUUGUGGGUGAAACCAAGCCCAACCAGGAAGAAGGAGCAGAAAUGCUGGAGAUCUCGCGGGAGCAGAUUGAAAGUUGGAAAGUUGAACUGGCUCAGAAACUCUCUCAGGAUAAAGCAGACAUUGUAGUUACUGUUGUGACUUUGGACUAUGGGAUGAAAAAAAAGGACCCCAUCAACCAUACAUACUUCUACAGGAAGAAUGACUUCACCAACGGAUUCAAGAUCCCUGAAAGCCAGAAAUCCAGGCUUCUCCCAACAACUUUCUCUGAGAAGUUCAUACGGGUUUAUUGCAAGAAAUCAAAAUCAGAGACUGACUUGGAAGAGGCCCAAGAGCACUUUAGAGACUGGUGCAAGAAAAAGGGCUUUCCACCACCUGAGGCGGAGGCGAUCCCAGGUUCUGAGGUGCCCCAGGCAAAGAGUACUGAAUGAAGACAGCAACACAUGGAGAUGACCAGUGAAGUGGAAGACAUGGUGGUGGAUGAUGAAGAUGGAGAUCUAAAGUGAAAAAAAAUAACAUUCUGACACUCAUUGUUAUAUUCAGAUUUAAAAUGAUUACAAAUAUCAGCAAGAUACUUCCAUCUUUUUUUCUUUGGCUCUUUUAAAGUAUGUAAUUGGCAAACUAUAUGGUAACGGAACAUGGCAAACUAUAAAGCACCAGCAACAUGUGUAACCUCAUUUAACUCGAACAUGUAAUUUGUGGUUUGGUUAUUUUAAGUACUUUGUAGAUUUUGGUUGUAAUGAUAAUUGUGGUUUAAAUGUGAUGGAAACUUUAUGUCAUUUUAUUUAGACUUAGCAAGAUUUUUCGAUCCGAGGUUCUUGUCAUAGUUCUGACUUUGUUGUUUUCCUGUCUCUUUCUUUACAUUUACAUUAGUUAUUCAUAUUUAGUCACUGAUCUUUUUUUCUUUGUUUUCUCCUACUAGUGGAAUCGUCUAUUGUAUGAUUUUUGUUUUGAAUGAUUCUUCCUUUUAAAGUUGUCUCUUGACAAACACUUUGCAUCAGUGCAAAGUGUAUUGACACGAACUGUUUCUCAAGAGACGCUUUGUAUCAAUACAAAAUAUGAACUUUGUAACUUUAAAUAAGUCAUUUAUUGCUUUAUGAUUAUACUAUAUAUCACAGAUUUACUCAAACUAAACAGCUCAAGUAUAUUGUGUUUUGCUAAGUGCAUGAAAAUUAUAUUAUUGUGCAAUGGGUGUAUUGAUGAAAUAAUAAAAUUAAAGUAAUAUAAGUAGAAA